UUAAUUUAAGCACCUAUGAGCUAACAGUUUUGUAGAAACAUAGCUGAGAAGCAUCAGGCAGUGGCGCAGACGGCCUGCGGCGGGUCCCCGACAGGGAGUUGGGAAGCUGCUGGAGGGCUGCGCUGGGGGGGCUUGUCGCGGGGGCUUCCGGGACUUUCACACUUGACUAGACCCAGGAGCUGCGAUCGUGAGGCAUGGAGAUCCAAGAGAAACAACCACAAAAUUAGCAUCCUUCUGGGGAAGCUCCUGUAAGAAAGUAUUUAGGCACCCACGGAAUAAGAGAGUGAUACUCUGCCAGGAUGGAAGUGUGUCCUUACUGUAAGAAGCCAUUUAAACGAUUAAAAUCCCACUUGCCACACUGUAAGAUGAUAAGGCCGACUGUACCUGCUGAUCACAAAGCUUGUCAGUCCAAGCUAGCUACACGCCCACAUGCUACAAGCAGGAAAAGACCAAUCACAGAUUUAAAUAACACUAAAGAGAGAGAAUUAGAGACCAGGAGUGAAAAAAGAAAUACCAAGUUGAUAAAGGACAAACCAGAACGGACAGUGAAGUCUUUUCCACUACCGGCCGUUGGUUUAGAAAGAGCAAGUAACACAAAGGCAGAUGAAUACCUCAAGAAUCGAGUUCGGUGCUCCCUCAAAAUGCUAAAAGAUACUGAACCAAAGGUUGCUUUCCAGGGAGAAACCAAGGCUCAGUUUUAUGCAUCAGAAAAUACCACUCCUAACAAAGAACUUCCCAAAGAUUUGCCUCCAUUGGGGGAGAGUAGAAUUAAGCUUUCAGAAACCAAAGCAUCUUUACCUCUUGGCCCAGUAGAACCUUCUUCAUCAAAUCAAGAUAGAAAACCUUCAGCCUUACCCAGUGAUGUACAGACCACUUCUCCUGAUUUAAGAUUGGACAAAAUUGAUCCCCCAAGACAGAAACUUCUAGUAAAGUUAGUAGGUACAGCUAAUGGUGAUUAUCGUAGUUCUCCCAUGAAUCUCCAUCAUGGGAUUGAAAGAGUAAGAACGUCCUUGUCAAGCAAUGAGACAGAGUCCAAGGCCAGGGACCACCUCUUAGAAGUCUCUAGUGAUGUUAGAGACCCUGAGAUUCAAGAAAAGAGAAUGGAAUCACAAUUUUUAAAUUUUAAAGUUAGCCCAUUAGGUGAAAUCCACAUCAGGGAGAACCAAGGGGAAGGACUUGACCUUGGAGUAGAGGCAAGUGGGAGCACAGGAAAUGCAGAGAAAAGUAUAUCUGUGACAGACACGCAGGAACGGGCAAAGAACUUCAGUGGUGGUGAUUCGGCCACAGAGAAGAAAUGUCGAGACGAAGGUCCCGAUUUCAAUUCGUUCACUCCAAGGGAGACGACUUGCGGUGAGCUUCUUUCUGUAUCACAGUUGUAUAAUCAAAAUCUGGCCUCUCUGGCUGUCCGAUUUUUUCAAGAAGAGAAAGGAGCAGCCUGCAGUCCUCACCGAGUCCCUGAUGUGAAGGUGUUCACAGAGCGUAGUGAGCGAGCUCCUCUGCCGCGCGGACCGGGCUGUGGGCCCCAGGCGUCACAACCUGGGUGCCAGCAGCCUUCACAUUCAGUCCUGCUCCACGCCUCUGACAGCCCCUUCAGUCAGGUGGGCGUGGCUGGCAGGAAGGGCCUCUCAAGCUCCCUGGGCCUGGAGUGGUUUCCAGAGCUCUAUCCUGGUUAUCUUGGACUGGGGGUGUUGCCAGGGAAGCCCCAGUAUUGGAAUGCAAUGGCCCAGAAGCCUCAGCUCAUCAGUCCCCAGGGGGAGAGACUCUCACAAGUUCCUUUGUUGGAAAGAAGCUCGACUGCUCUCAGGAGUUUGGGACCCCCGACCAGACUUACGCCCUCCAGCUUGUCUCUGAUGAGGCUCUUGGGAGCUGUCCAGAAAGGCUGGGUCAGGUGCAGCACCACUGUGAGGAGUGGAGUUGGGGGCGUCACCAUGCUCUUCACGGGGUACUUCGUCCUCUGGUGCAGCUGGAGUUUCAGGCAUCUGAAGCUGCAGCGCUGGCGUAAGUAGUGACCCGGACACCACGUAAGAAAGCUCUGAGACUCGGGGAGCACGGCGAAGACCACUGCGGUGCGGAUCGAGCGGUUUAGACUGGUAUUCGGGGCAGGGAGAGGGCGUGAAAAGGAUAAAGUUACUGGAUUCUGAAA